UCAGAGUCCUCAACAGAUUUGAAGUCUCACACACACUGCAUUCUUUUGCCCUUUCACUCAAAAGAUUGCAAGAUUCUCUUCAAGCAAACAAAUAGGGGACAAUGGAGUGCGAAGGAAUUCUCUUGGGGAUGGGUAACCCACUCCUCGACAUUUCUGCUGUCGUCGACCAUGAAUUCUUGAACAAGUACGAUAUCAAGCUGAACAAUGCAAUUCUUGCCGAUGAAAAGCACUUGCCUAUGUAUGAAGAAAUGACAUCUAAGUACAAUGUUGAGUACAUUGCUGGAGGUGCAACGCAGAAUUCAAUCAGGGUUGCUCAGUGGAUGCUUCAAAAACCGGGUGCCACCAGUUUCAUGGGUUGUAUUGGAAAGGACAAGUUUGGGGAAGAGAUGAAGAAAAAUGCAAAAGAAUAUGGUGUUAAGGUUCACUAUUAUGAGCAUGAGACUACGGCAACAGGUACUUGUGCUGUUUGUGUGCUUGAUGGUGAGAGGUCUCUCAUAGCCAACUUGUCUGCUGCAAAUUGCUACAAGUCUGAACAUUUGAAGAGACCUGAAAAUUGGGCUUUGGUUGAGAAGGCCAAGUACUACUACAUUGCUGGAUUCUUCCUUACUGUUUCCCCGGAAUCCAUUAUGCUUGUUGCUGAGCAUGCAGCUGCCAACAACAAGUUGUUCAUGAUGAACCUUUCUGCACCAUUUAUUUGUGAGUUUUUCCGGGAAGUACAAGAGAAGGCAUUGCCGUAUGUGGACUAUAUCUUUGGAAAUGAGACAGAGGCAAGAACCUUUUCUAAAGUUCAUGGUUGGGAGACUGAUAAUGUUGAAGAAAUAGCACUCAAAAUCUCACAGUGGGCUAAGGCAUCAGGAACACACAAGAGGAUCACUGUCAUCACUCAGGGUGCAGAUCCAGUUGUCGUAGCAGAGGACGGGAAAGUGAAGCUGUAUCCUGUGAUAACUUUGCCGAAGGAGAAACUUGUUGACACUAAUGGUGCAGGUGAUGCAUUUGUGGGAGGAUUCAUCUCACAGUUGGUCCAGGAAAAGCCGAUUGCAGAAUGCAUUAGAGCAGGUUGCUAUGCAGCAAACGUUAUCAUCCAGAGACCUGGUUGCACCUACCCUGAGAAGCCUGACUUUGAGUAAUAAAGCCGGCUAUUCAUUCUCUUUGGUGGCUGGCACCAGCUUUUAUUUACUUAUAUUAUAAUUAUUGAGAGAUUCUUGGAGUACGAUUCAUUGGAGGGAUUUGUACUGACCUCCAAUUCACCCAAGUACCCAACCUUAUUUUUCAUUUCACAAAGGAGAACAAGCCAGCUCUCAUUCAAUAAAUUGUAGGGCGUUGUAAUGUUGUAUGUUUUAAUGUUCAGUGGAGCCAUGUUUUGGAUAAUCUACACGAGGCUCUAUGUUCCUUGUCCAUUGCCUACUUUUAUCAUUCAAUUGCCUCGGUGAUUAUAAUAUUAUAUCAUACUGGUAACUAGUGCUACUAUACUAAAUGAGCCUGGUUCGAACUUGAGCAAGUGUGUCAAGUUCGAGACUUCGAGCUGUUAUAUUUGUAAUCCUAAUUCUGGUUAUAUUUAUCCAUGAUGUUAAAUGCUUAGAUCGGAAGGUAAAGCAAGAUUAAGAAUAAUUUAGGUCUGGCCCGUUUCAGCCUUUAUAUUUUGGUUUGGGCCUGUUUUAGAAAAGUCCAGUCCAUUCUCUAUAUCUUUGACCCAGCUCUUUUGAUUUGCAUAUAAGACGUCUCCUUCCUUCCUUCUGGAGAUAUCUUUUGCGUCAUUUGAAACCCUAAGUCCAAAAAGGCGAGUCUGAGAGCUUGAGCGUUGAAGAGAGAGAAACCUCUGGUUUUUUCUUCUGUUCGUUCGAUUCUACUUCACUUGAGGUCAAAGCAAGCUGAGAAAGGUUGGAGAUCAAUCGUGUGGAGAAGCUGGAACGCUGGGCUGUUGGUUCGAUUCCAAGAAUCUGAUACACCUGGGUUUCUGAAGCUUUGUUCGGUUAUUUCUAUUCCUUUUACUAUUUUAGUUGUAUUGCUUGAGUUUUGGCUGAUUCUUGUGUGUUGGAUCUUAUUGAUUUCUGGUCUUGCUUUGCAACCAUCUUUGUAUUCAAACUUUUCUGAGCUAGUGGAUUCUUGGGACCGGGUUUCCCCUGUUGAAACCCCGCAGAGUAGGAUUUAUCCGAACUGCGUCAACAUAUCGUGUGUUCAUUUCUUUAUUUUCUGUAUUAGUUGAAUAAGAGUUGUGAAUCCGAUAUUUUGGCUGUGACUAUCAAUAUAGUCUGUGAACAAUUUUGGUAUCAGAGCCUAUACUUUAGAUUCUUGAAACCCUAAUCUAAAUUUCUGAUUUGAUUGAGUUUUUUCAAGAAACCCUAAUAAUUUGGCUUGCUGUUCUUCGAUCCUGAAACCCUAGCUCAAAACUGCUUGAAUCUUGAUUGCAUUUCUGUUGUGCUUGUCUGAUUGCAUCCUGACUGUUCUUUAAUCUGCAAACAUGUCUGACACUGGUAUCAAGAUCCGUAUCUUUGAUGGUACCAG